AUGUCGUCUUUAAACGAUAAACUCUCCGCUGCUCUUUUAUCCCGAGAAAAGCGACAUAUUCGCCGACGUCUCCCUGUUUCGACCUCUGCAGUGCUCCCAUCUGCGGAUUUUACAUCGAACGACUAUCUAUCUUUGGCUACAUCAUCUACCCUCCGCGCAGCAUUCCAAUCUGCUCUUUCUUCUGCCCCUCAAAUACUUGGAUCGGGUGGUUCUCGAUUACUUGUGCCAGCGCCUGCUCAUGUUGCCCUUGAAAGUCGACUGGAAAAUUUCUUCGGCGCUGAGAAGGUGUUGUUAUUCAACUCGGGGUUUGACGCAAACGUUGCAUUCUUCUCCACCAUUCCUCAGCCUGGCGAUGUAGUGCUAUACGACGAGCAUAUCCACGCGUCUGUGCAUGAUGGGAUGGGUGCUUCGCGGGUAGAUUCAUCCAGCCUCAUCAAAUUUCCACACAAUUCAGUUGCUGCGCUCAAGCGAUCAUUGCGAAAUUUGCUUCACGAGCGAGAUGAUCUACGGGAGGGGAGAGCAAGCGCGUUCGUUGCAGUGGAAAGCCUUUAUAGCAUGGACGGAACGUUCGCCCCCUUGCACGAAAUCGUGCACUGUGUCGAAGAAAUGCUGCCAAGGAGGAAUGGAUAUGUGAUAGUGGACGAGGCACAUGCAACGGGUAUAUAUGGCCCGCAAGGUCGAGGGAUGGUUGCUGCGCUAGGACUCGAGGGACGCGUCCUGGCACGAUUGCAUACAUUCGGGAAGGCACUUGGGGGAUCGGGAGCUGCGAUACUAACCACAGAACUCAUACGGGAUUACCUCUUGAAUUAUGCCCGUCCACUAAUAUACACCACGACGCUCACAUAUGCAAAUAUAAUCGCCGUCGAGUGUGCUUUUGAUAUGCUGGAGAAUGGAAGUGCCGAAGUGCUCGCGCUACAUCUCUUAGAUCUAUCAAGGUACUUCUUGGAACUUCUGCGACCACACCUACAAUCAGCUCCGCCCAAACUGCUCUGCUUGCCUGAUCACCUAAGUGCGGAUGGCCCUAACGAUCCCACAAAUACUGCCUCCGAUCCAUCCUUUCCUCCCCCGACACCUAUCAUACCUCUCCUCACGCCUCAUCCACAUUCCCUUGCAGCACAUCUCGCCUCCCUUCCACGACCAUUGUUUACCAAAGCAAUAACAUGGCCCACAGUUCCUGUAGGAACGUCCCGAGUAAGAGUAUGCUUGCACGCAGGACACACUCGUGACGAUGUAAAGAAAUUGGUAGACGGUAUUGUUGAUUGGGUGCAGGCAUGGCUCGCAAGAGAAAAAGAAGUAGCAAGACAGUGGCUGAGUGUGGCCGAAGGGGAGGGUGUAGGAGUGUGGAUGGAGUCGAAGUUGUAA